CCGUCGCCGCUUAUGAUUCCAAUUGCAUUCUCGAGGAUGGCAUUUCAGGACUCGAUCGACGAUUCGGCCCGAUAGGCGGCAUGUUCGGCAGCGGCACGGAGACCCAACAUUCUGCGCCGUUCUCCUGCCUUGGCUAUUCGGAAGGCAAUACGCCCCGAAUAUCCAUCGAGGGCUUCAAGAGCACCGCUGCGACAUCCACUGCGAGGCCAGAGGGGGCCUUGCGCUUCCCUCUUCAGUCGGUAUGCCCAUUUUUGGUCGCGCUCUCAGCCGAGCUGCCUCCCCUUGGCUCCGCGAGCGAUAUGCUGGCCUGGCGAAUAGGACUGGCGUGUCCGCCUGCAGGAGUCGGAUCGUUUAACCAUAGAGCUGAAGAGCUUGGACGCGUCAAGGGGGCCGGCGAUGCGCUGUGCGUUAAGUCCUCCGCGACUAAGGCUGCGAUACUCACCUCUUAUUCUGGUGGCGACGGCUGGCGUGCCAGCUGCAUAAGAAUGGGGUCGGUGCGGAGGUGCGGCGGAUGGUUGGGUGUGGUGGUGGUGAGGAGGGCUCCUGCUGCGCUGUUGCGCCGAAGACCAGCCCAAGGACAGCGAAAUGCCUCGACUACCCAAAGCACAGAGGACAGAAGCAUGCCAAUAAGAACGUCUGGGGUAGGUGAUGCUCUCAGGGGGCUGCUUCUUGUCUAUUCUACAAGGAAGGCCCUGCAAGCUUGCAUUUACAUUCACCUUUGUCAACGGGCUUGCUAUGCGGCGAUCCUCCAUCACCUGUACCCUGCGCGUGAAGCCCACGCGCGCCGUUUCCUUCUCCUCGCCCCUCUCCCCUUCUCCACUUCUCUAGCGGCUGCUCCGCAGUCUCCUCCCCCCCUCCUUAGCUGUCUUGCACAUCGCCCAAGGCCGUUUCGAGGAAAGAGCCACCGUCACCACCCACGAAACGACAUUGCCGGGCCAGAAACCCACGCCGCUCUUCUGGGCUCUCUCGCGGCACCGGGCCGACAGCAGCCUCCUCUCUGCUCCACCUCCGCUUCCCCUCGCAAGCAUGCAGCGGCGUAACCCCUCUGUUCUUCCGGCUUCCGCCCUCGUUUCCAUCCACCGCGCACUCGAGACCGCCCGCACUACUUCCCCUACCUGCACCGGCAGCAUCGGCGGUGCAUCAACCACCGCACGG